UGGGGAUACAUUAGCAGUAGGACGCUAUAUGUUAUCAGCGAAACAAAACAAACCAGUCACCCGUACGCAGCGAUGGUUAGUGUUACAUUUAAGUGGGAGAUUAAUGGGACGCAUAGAGUGUAAAACCAAGCGAAUUUCUUAAGAUAGCAUUACAGUCAUAGCGUGAAGAUAAGUGAUAUCGGACUAAUUAUUAUUUCACAGAAAAGCAUCGAGUAUUUUAGCUAACUAACAAGCUAACGUUAAAGCUAGGCACGCAGAGGAUUUUGCUCGCAUUAACAACAACGCCUAAAGACUGUCAAGGUGGAUUACUCUCCGUGUUAACAGGUCUGGAGCCUCGGCUGUGCGUUAGACACCGAGGAGCAGUUUAGGUGUUCUCAGAUAAGAAGGGUUGCCAGCGUUUAACAGCGGACAUAAAGACAUCUCUGGUUUACCCAGAUCAGGACUCACUUUGACCAUCAGUGAGGCAGGACCGGAAGUGAUAAUGUGACAGCAGCGGGUGAAGCUCGUGCUCAGUCUGUAGCUGCUGCUCCGGCAGUGUUGUCAUGCUGAAACGUGGAUGUUUCAGAAAGUCAGACCCACUCUGAGGUGGUGAACGGGUUCAUAAACGUCUGUGGGAAAUUACAGCUGCUCUAGAUUUCCAAAAUGCCCGGCAUGGUGGUGUUCGGACGGCGGUGGGGGAUCGCCAGUGAUGACCUGGUUUUCCCUGGAUGCUUUGAGCUGUUCUUCCGUCUCCUCUGGUAGGUUUUAGACCUUGUUUAAAAAGGGGGUUUACACCCAUUUUCAGAUUUAACACCAUCCCGAGGAUGGCUUUGUAGCAGGAAGGCAAGGUAGGUCUGCUUAGUCUGGGCAGAAGUCCUGAUCACAGUAAUUUUAUCUGAUUGUUGACAGGUACAUUAAUCACAUUCUCACAACUUAUGAACAUAUGAUUUGGAAAAACACAGGAAGUGAGAAAAACGUUCAGUCCACAUUUUUUUUUUAUAUUUGCUAAAACAUGUCUGUCUCAUUGGUUGAUAUAAAAAAUCAGAUGUACUACUAGUGAAAGGCUCCAUGCAUCAAUUCUUCACUUUAAGAUCUCCAUCUCCAAUUUAGUGAUUAUACUCAUUGAAUUAAAUGUCAGGUUUCAAUUGUUGUAAGGUAUUUUUACACAGUGUCAUAAAAAUUAAAGUAUCUGAGCUCUUUCACUAACUAAUAAUUUUGUCUUUUAAAGCUUUUGUUAAAAAUCCUUUAUCACAUCAAGACUUGAGUCUGUAUUUCAUUUUGAUUCUGAACGAUGUCUUUCACUUUUUAGCCCAGUAGUCAGUAUUUUGUUAGCGCUUGUGAUCACUGCAGCUUCUCUCUCCUGUCAUUCUCAUUCUGUCCCUCUGCUCCUCAGACACACACAGAUAAACACACCUGCCUCUCUCCAUGCUCUCCUCUCUCAACUUGUAUUUGUCUGAUAGUGUGAGCCGUUGUUACACAACAUGUUUAAGAUUGGUUCACCCUUAAUCUCAACAGAGUAGUAACUUCCUGGUGCUCCCAAACUUUGUUACUUGUUAAUCUGAGCUGCUGCUGCUUAAGUUACAGUGAGAGCUUCAGUGAGGGAGGGUGAGCUUUAUUUAGUGUAAAGGACAUAACAGGGGCAUCACAGCAGGCGGCACAAUAAUUGCUCAGUCUGGAUUAUCAUUUUUUUUAAGAUCCUGGAGGGCCCAAAUCAUCAUCAAAAUCAAAAUAAUUAACUAGAUCGUAUGCAUGAUGUUAAAAUAAGGAGUAUCCCAAUACAAUAUUGAUAUUGGUCCAAUAUGUGCAAAAAAAAUAAUUCUGGAUUAUAUUGGCCUGCAUCUAAAAUCUCUGAUAUAAGAACUCUGAUACAAGCAGUCCAUUCCAGACUCCACUCCAGUAUCUAGCAGCGUCUAGAGUAGUAGCAAGGAGAAGAGUGAUGUUGGUCGUGUGGCAGUAUUUUUCAUAAAAGCCUGAAAAAGACGUUGCAGCUGAGUGCAAAACUUGUCAUGCACAAGUUUGUGCUAAUAUCAGAUCAGUAUGGGUAUCGUCCAAUACUAAAGGCUACAAUAUCAGUAUUGUAUUGGAAGUAAAAAAAAGUUGUAUCAGGACACCUCAAGCUAAAAUUUUGCCGAUGUUCCAGUAUUAUCAGACUUGCUUGGCCAAUCCUCUAAUGAUGUGUACACAUCUCUUUAAGUAAAAACACAGAGCGUUAAAAGUUAAUGAUUGUGUAUGACAUAACGAUAUUCCCUCAGUCUCGUUGUCUGAACGUCUGUUGUCUCCUCAGGUGGAUUGGCACCAUGAUCCUGUUCACUUACCACAAGGGUAAUUUUGAUUGUAAUGGAAAGGGAGUUCUUCACAGCUAUCUGGUGGGACUGCUGGUUGUAUUGGCACUCAUCAUCUCGUCACUGUGUGCUACUGUCUACGUCAGUGCCCAAGGUAAACUCACUUUUAUACAUUGUAUUUAAAUGAAUGUGAUAUAUAAAGAUGAUCUUUUAAAGCCUUUAUAUAGUGGAAAGAGUCCAACCAAAUGUUUAGGGAAAAGUGUGGGCCCAUUUUGAAUUUGAUGCCAGCAACAUGUUUUAGCACAGCUGGGACAACAUAUCAUUGAAAAAGUUAAGUUGUGAAAAAAAAAAAAAAAAACAGCACAAAGGGAGACUCAUCUGUGUACUUGUCAGGCUGGUUUGCAACAAGUUUAGUAGCAUAACUGGGUAUAAAAGCAUGACAGAGAGGCUGAGUGAGAUAGAGGACAUGGUUUGGCAAGUCCAGAAUCAUGUUCUUGAACGUUGCUUGCAAAGGAGUGAAGGAUUGCAUUGGUUACAGAACAUCAUAUCCUCAAAAGAUUCAGAGAAUCUGGAGAAAUCUCUGUAUAAAAAAAAACACACCCCAAAUCAUUGUCUGUGAACAUAGUAUGUCACUGCACAAACAAAUGCAGGUAAAAAUUGUAUUUUUGAAAAGAGGAAACUGUGUGCAAAAUGUCCCCAAAUGCUGGCCUGAGCCCAUUUAAAGUCCUACUCUGAAUUAUUAUUAUUAUUAUUAUUAUUACUUUUUUUUACCUUUUUUUCAUUAUUUAAAGUGUUCUCAGUGGUCUUUGAAUUGUGAUUACAAAGUUUUUAGCCAAAGUCACGUUACUUGUGUCAUUUUUAAAGGUUUUUCUUCUGCAGAGCUUCAGUAGUUCAUUAACAAUUUGCCUUUGAGUCGUGGGCGGAGACAGGACUGCACUGCACCCUCCUCUUUAUUCUAACUUGCAGCCAAACGUUGCCAGUGUAGUAGAAGUGGCAGGUAACAUAGGAGCUAUUCAGCUCUUGGACACUAAUGUGUUUAGGGUCAUGAUGAAAGUUAAUAUCAUUAUUAACUUUCUUACCAGCAUUGCAAUCCACUAACACACACGCUUGUUCCAACAUCGUCCUCUCUACUUCUUAAAGUCUGGCCUGCAGAGCGCGGAACCGGGGGCAGAGCUUGGAUUUUUGAUGUAGAAAAUCCCACUGUGUCUGAAGCUGCUGUUUAGGGCUGUCAGAGGUUCACAGCGAUUUGAAUGCAGAAAUACUCAGAAAUGCAAUUUUGCACUUAUUUUUCUCAUAUGUCCUGUAGCAUCAGAAAAAUGCCAUAUGAACAUGUAGACAACAAGAAAAACAUGAUUGUAAUCGGAGUGGGUCUUUAAGGUGGACCGAGGAGAAGUGGAAAACCAUCCAGUAGUCUAAGAAAUCAAAAUUUGACCUUCUUUUUGAAAGUCAUGGACAGCAUGGCUCUGUAGUAGAAGAGUCCUGUUGAUAAACUGGCCUGCCUGCAGUAAUGACUCAUCCCCGAUUAAAAACAUUGGAGCAUCAUGACACCAAAAUUCGGACAAAGGAGACCCUGAACUGUUUUGCAGCUGAAAUGUGUGGCAAGAAUGGGACAACUUUUGACUUUCCAGUCUUCAGAAACUGUUCUUGUCUGAACCCAGAUGUUGACAGAUUGUUGUUAGUAGAGAAAGAGAUGUAACAGCACGGUAAACAUUCUCCUGUCUGAACUUUCUGACACACAGUGUUUCAUCAAAUUUAAAAUGUUCACAUGGUUAUCUUAAAACUCCUAUAUAAUACUCCAUUUUCAAUCAAAGAUAAAGUUUUAAAGGAUUAACAAACUGUCAAAAUAUUCUUCCAAUAAACAUUUACACAGUGUUCUAAUUCUUAUGAAAUUUGAUUUUCUUAUGAAAGAAUGUAAAACCCCUGGGUUGCAAAGCUUUUACAUAACUUUGCCUGCAGCAACAAAAGUUUCAAAACACAGGUUAUUAAGCAAUACUAAAUAAAAGAGGUUUAGAUGGUUGCUCUUUUUAUUAUCUUCUUUAUGAGGCUGCAACAUGUUCACUCAUGCCAUCACACAUACUUGAGGUUGAAUAUACCAGCAAAAGGCUGAACUAUCAACUCGAAUAUGUCCGGUUUGUUGAGGACAUGUCCUAAUGUAUCUGACCUUAGGGUAAGAUCUGCUGAUCGGUCUCUUCAGUUUGAAAAAGCUUUUGAUCAAACUUCAACUUGCCGUGAUCAGGAUGACUGACAACCCACACAGACGUGUUCAGAUUACUGUGGAGUAAUCCAUCUGUAUUGAAAGCUGUCAUGUUGUCCUAUUAUAAUACUGAUGACUCUGAAACUUUUCUUGGAAAGAAGCUUACAAGUAAAAGGCACAGCAUUUGGAAUGAACAAACUAUUCCCGAAGGAAAUAAAUGAAAGACGGAAGUCUUUAUAUCCCAUCCUCGAGCAGCACAGACAGAAAAGAGAACGGGCCAUACUUGUAGUGCAUAAAUUUGACAUUGCUGGACAGCUUUUCCAGUGAUUUUUUAAUUGAUAAGGGAAUCUCCUCUCUCUGGGACUCAUGGCUCCCUCCCCUAUCCUCUGUUCUUUUUUCUUGCCUCUCUCUCUCUCUGUCUAUUUUCAUACCCAUUUAGUUGUCUGUUCCCACUGAUCCUCCAUAACACUCUCACACACAUGCACAUUGAGAAUUUUUUUAAAUCAACAUUUCCUCUUUUUCUAGUUUUAUUUGGAAUCUGUUUUAUUUAUUCAUUUAUUUUCCUUUUCAUAACACCAGAUGCUCAGAUCGUCUUACUUGUACAGGUGUGGUCCAUCAAAAAAUGACCCCUCUACCCGCAGAGAAACGACCAAUAAAACCAAUCAAAGCAGGAUUAAAGUUUAUACGUUGGAAUAUCAGGGGUAUGGGGUAGCUAGUAAUACGUACUAAGGUACUCAAUCAUCUUUCCACAUUGAAUCCUAGCUUCCGCCUCCUUCAAGAAACACAUUUUCAGAGCAUACAAAAUUGAAAACAAAAUACAUAGAUCAAACAAUAUAUUCAUCUUCACAGAUAUGUAAAUGUUUAUGUUUAUGUAUAUAUAUAUGUGUGUGUGUAUAUAUGUGUGUGUGUGUAUAUAUAAAUAUAUGUAUAUGUGUGUAUAUACAGUAUGUGUGUGUGUAUGUAUGUGUGUGUGUAUAUAUAUAUGCGAAUAUAUGUAUAUAUAUGUAUAUGUAUGUAUAUAUAUGUAUAUAGGUAUAUAUAUUUGUAUAUGUAUGUAUAUAUAUAUGUAUGUGUGUAUAUAUAUAUAUAUAUAUAUAUAUAUAUAUAUAUAUAUAUAUAUAUAUAUAUGGUGACAGGUGUGUGCUGACUCCAAUUUAAGCUGAGUUUUAUAUGAAUAUAUAAAGACUGUUUAUCACACUGAAAUCUGAAUGUUUUUAGGUACCAUUACAAACCCGGGCCCACGGCGCUCUAUACCAGCCCUGGUGUACCUGCGUGCCCUUCUGUACAUCCCUGAAUUGGUAUGGGCAUGUCUUGGAGCCGUGUGGGUGUCUGAUGACAGUAAAGGCUGUGAUCCUGCCACAGUGGGAGCUGUCAUUGCAGCCGUGGUUGCCAGGUUGGAAGUUUUGAAUCACAGGCUCAGAGUUCCAUCUUUUGAUAAAUUGUCACAUAGAUGUUCAGAUCGAAUUUCUCUCUCUCUGUCUUACAACAGCUGGAUCAUCCUGCUUUUCACCGCUGUAGGCGUGGUGUUUGUGUUUGACCCGCUAGGGAACCCACGUCCGCGGCCUACUUCCAUGGAGCCUCUGGGAGUGAGAGACCUGCAGAGCAGCGAGGGCACUCAGUUCUUCUCCACAGCUCGCUCCCUGGCUGUGAAGGUGUGGGAGAGCCGGCUUCGGCUCCUGUGCUGCUGUCUGCCGCAGGAUGAAAGUCGCCGAGCAGCAUUCUCCAGCAUCUCACAGCUCCUGAGUGGAUUCUUCUCUGUAAGGAGAACCUGCUCUUCUUUUGUGCAUUCCUUUUAUAAAACCUCUGGAGAGAUGUGUUUCGUAGAGUAUACAUGACCUGUCUGAAGAUGCAUUACUGCGGUAAAAACAAAUGUUAAACUGUAUGUGGAUGUAUGUGUUGCAGGACACAGACCUGGUCCCAAGUGACAUAGCAGCUGGUCUGGCUCUGCUGCACCAAGAGCAGGAUAAGAUGGAGAUGAGCAGAGACCCUGAGGUCACAGUUGAGCACAGCCCGUCAUCUCCCAUUGUAAAUAUAGAAGUUUGUUGGUUUUGUUGUUGCAGACUGCAAAGAAGUUAAAGAUGCUAGUGCACCAUUUAUUCAAGUUGUUCAAGCCUUUAAAAUAAAGCCCUAAUCUUUGAAAUAUGCCUGCACGUUGAAGGGAGAAGAUCUGGAGACUGAGCUGGAGAAAGCAGCUCAUUGUAUGCAGUUUGCUGCAGCAGCUUACGGCUGGCCUCUGUACAUUUACUCCAACCUCUUUACUGGACCUUGCAAACUCAGUGGAGACUGGUAUGUGGAUAUGCUCUUUUUUUUAAAGGGACAGUUUAGUAUUCUUGCAUGGGGUUGUAUGACCUACAAGAGUAAGUGUAACCACAAUGGUUUCAGUCAGUUUGACCCCUUUAUCAAGAAACCGACAUGCACCUCGGCUACAGCUUUCUGCAGACAGGGUCAAGACUGCCAUAAAAUGAAGCUAAUUUUGGAAGACUGAAACCCGAGCACUUAUCGUAGUGAAAGUGUACACUUUACAAGGGGUUUCACAAAAGUUGUACAAUAUCAACUUAUCCUUUUGCAAUACAGACACAGAAAUACAAGUUGUAGUGAACAGCAGAUAUUGGACUGUGUAAUGAAAACACUCAGGCAUGCCUCUGUGACACGUGAAACGACCCAGAAUCACGGUUAAAGUAAUAACAAGAAAAAACUCUGGCUUUUUUUAACAGAGCACAAAGUAAUCUCAUUAUGUAAGAGAUGCAGUGGCAUGAAUACCAACUGGCGGCUGGGUUUCCACAGUCGACAGAGGCAAACAUAAAUGAAAGCCUUGCCCUGCAUAUUUUAGCACCUUGACUCCCCAAAGUAAAGUCAAAACUCUUGAGUGGUUAACAACAACAAAUCUAGGGUGCAGCACUUACAGUCCCUGUCCUGGUUACUAAUAAUGUUCACCUCGUCAUCUUUUCGGUUCACGCUAAGGUAAACUUAGGCUCUAACUUCAGAGUGAUGGAGGCGUCACUGCUGUCCAGUGACUUCGUCCCCACCGGGGAAUCCUCUGUUAUUUUUAUGUCAUCUUCAGUGAAGAGCUCACAUACAUAGCUUUAAUUAGCAUGUCAAAUCCAUGGUCAGUGCCAUCUCAGAUGGUUGAGGUAAUCUACUGGCCAACUAGUCAAGAAGUUAGUGAAAUCCUGACACUCCACUGAAGAAUUUUUCAGCACAUAACAGUCAGAUUAUUAUUAUUUUUACACUGUUUACACAUUACAUGUUGAUGUUCAUCCAAAUUGAGCAUGCUGAUUAGCUUAACAGGGCUAUGAUGUACAAGCCGCUAAUACAGUGUAAAUUUUGGCAUUUUGUCAUCUCAGUUUAUGUACCGUUGAUGAAGUUAGGUGCUGUUCCGGGCAUUAUUUGUGGCUAUAGAGUGGCCUUGUGGUUUAGGUUUACCGUGGAUCCAUAAACUGCUGUGUAUGCGGUCGUUACUAAAGGUGGUAUUACUAGAGAAGCAAACAGCCAGCAACAUUCAUCUCCCUGAGGGGGUGUCUAACUCAGGGUUACAGUGUGUUUGACCCAACCUUAAUUUUACACCGGAAUAUCCCUUUAAUUAUGUGGCAGACCAGACUUGGUUUUGUUUGCAGAAAGCUGUUUCUUAGCUUGCAUGCUGGUCCUUGCAGCAGUUUCUCAUUAAAAGGGCUUAGCUGAGUAAAUAAACUCAGGUCAGGUCAACAUUUCCAAAUCAAGAAUGAAAUCAUCGUUUAGGCAACCCUGACCAGUAUGUGUGUUUUGUAUCAGCUGUAGGAGUCGUGCUGCAGAGUACGACAUCGUGGGUGGAGACCACCUCGGCUGUCAUUUUUCCUCCAUCCUGCACAGCACCGGCCUACAGUACAGAGACUUCAUCUACGUCAGCUUCCACAACCAGGUAGGGAUUGUCAUUAAAAGAUCCCUGUGAAAAAAUAAUCCUCUACAGAGUUUGUUUCUUUAUUUCCACCACAGUUUCAGUGAUUCAACCUGUUAAUCUAUAAUGUGUGUUACAGAUCUAUGAGAUCCCUUUCUUUGUGGCUUUGGAUCAUAAGAGGGAGGCUGUACUGGUGGCUGUCAGAGGGACUCUAUCACUAAAGGUGAGAUUAGACUACAGUGGUUAUAAAGUGCGGCCCUCUGGAAGUUUGUCCUCACAUUGAAUUAUUUGUUUUUGUUAUAUUUUGUGUUUCACUUACACAUUUAUUCAGUAAAUACAAAUGCUAAGUUUAAGGUGAACUUGUGUAAUAAGGUGAAAUUGUUUUGAGACAUGCACAGGAGUAUAUUGCAUUAGGCUCUAGUUAAAGGCAACCAAUGAGAGGAAAGUCUUUGGUCAGCUGACUAACAAAAAUUUCAGGAAUUAAAUUCACACUCAUCUGGCCAUCAACCAGGGAGUUUAUGACCAAAUACAGACGCGUAGACUGCUCUCAGAGCAAACAGUAUUAUUACCAUUCAAGAAAACAUUCUGGUUGAGGGCUGGGGGCACUGUAAAUGAAAUAACAAAUUACUUUAUUUCAUGAUUACAUAUUAUCUGAUGACUUUAUGCUGAACUUGAUAUUCUUCCUCUGUAUAUGUGUGGAGAGGCAGCAGCCCCUAUUGAUGAUCAAAAACUUUUGUCUGUCCUGCAGGAUGUCCUGACAGACCUGUCUGCUGAGUGUGAGAACCUGCCCAUAGAAGGAGUGACUGGAGCCUGCUACGCUCACAAGGUGGACUUUCAUUCAAACGGGACACUCUGCACGUCUUUGAGGACUGUCUUAAGUUUUUUUCUUCUUGUGUGUAAUGAUAGAAGUUCACAACAUGUAAAGUGCACUGAAUUCAUCAUCUCUAGCCACAACAAACACCUCACCCCACCAGAAGUUCUCCUGUGAUUUUCAGUGUGACUGAAUCUUUGACUCAUUUUAAAUCCAUCAUAACGGGUUACAGUUACAAAAUCUCAACCUCCUUUUGACUGUUUGAUCAUGGGUAUUCUUGUCUCAACACUGUGUUGUCCACGACUCUGACAGGGAAUAUGCCAGGCAGCAGGUUUUAUCUACAAGAAGCUGAUGAAUGAUGGCAUCCUGAAUCAGGCGUUCUCUAUAGCACCAGUAAGUACAGGAACUGACACCAACAGCACCUUACCUCACACUCAUGGUGAGUGUGAGGUAAGGUGGAAACAGUGCUGGAGUUCAUAUAAGGAGUGGCACAUGCAAACUUCUCAGUGAGCAAUAACAUCAACUGAACCUCUGUGUUACCUAUGAAUAGUCACCUUUUUUAAUCACUAUCAAUAUAAACAUUUCUAGGUAAGUUAUGUAAUGUAGGGGUCUUUGUAAUGUUAUUAUUAUCCAAAGAUAUGAUUUAGAAUGGUUAAGGUGGGGAGAUGUGCUGCGCUGCGUGUCUAAAGAGUGGAAAGUGCAGGUUGGGGGGUGUUCCAGUGAAAAAUUAUUCACAUUGUAACAAAGGAAAGAUAAAUCAUUUGACAAGUGUGAAAAUUAGGUAUUUUAAGGGCCCCCGUGCAGCGGAUAAAGGCUAUAUUGUCCUCCCUUUUACAUGUAGGUUAUUUUCACCCACAAUGUAGCUUCACUCUGCAAAUUUGACAGUUCAAGACCCUCAAAAAAUCUUUCUGCCCCCAAAACAACAGAAGUCUGCAAGUAUGAGUUGAACAUUGAUGUUAGACCUAUUUAUAGCAAUGUUCAGGGUUGAUAUUUAAGUAAACAAGUCACCUGUGUUUAUAACACCAGUUUACCGUAACAGUUCUGACAUCUUUAUUUGCUGUGUUUUUAUCAUCUUGUGAAUUUUUAGUGUAUUUUUAGCCCAUUUUUCUUUUGAUAGUUUGUCUUUCUGCUUGUACAGCACUUCGGUAAACUGCACUUAUUUUAAUAAGCACCAUCUCAGUGUACUUUGACUGAACUUGACUUGACACAAGAACGUUUUCUGUGUGUCUGUAUCUGUAGGAGUAUAAACUGGUGAUCACUGGUCACAGCUUGGGAGCUGGCACAGCUUCACUACUGGCUAUCCUGCUUCACAACUCUUACCCCACCCUGCAGUGCUACUCCUUCUCUCCACCAGGGGGACUCCUGAGGUAAGAAAAGACAGACAGCUGCACAAGUUGAAUGUGGGUGGAAAAGGCUCUUUUUAAGGAGAGGCUGUGAGUUUGAACCAGAUUAUGAAAGUUUCACAUGAUAGGCAUCAUUGUAUUUUUAAAAGUUCUGGAUACUCCUAAUCAAUAUGUAUUAGCAAUUACAUCUGCCUAUUUACGUUUAUAUUAAGAGGAAUUUAUCCAUGUUUAUUCUCAUUGGGAGGCCUAAACAUUUCCAUAAGGCAUGAACCAGUUUAAAAAAUUAUGAGCCUACUCAAAUCUCAAUCAGAGUCGUACAGUUAUUCAUAGGCAUCACAUUCACUUGCCCUUGAGUGUAAUUAAAGCACAAGGUUUUAUAGAAACGUUCAGCAAAUUUUCAUCAUUAGCUGCUGAACUUAAAAAUUGCACAUUUUAAGAAAGAAAUUCUGAACAGAGCACCAGUUUUUAGAAGACAUAUCUUUGCUGUGCAUGAAAUGGCAAUUACAGUUUUAGUUAAGUGUUUAUUGUCUGUGUACUAUCCAUGGUGCUGCUGGCCUCCUUCUGUUAAAGCCAAGUUCAUUAUAAGACAAAAUGAAGGAGAAAGCCAGGUGUAGAUGUCUUUAGAAGGUUUUAAUCAGUGAUCUGCAGUGAGAUGUUAUUGUUUUUAGCCUGGGAAACUUAUCUCUUAUUUCAAGAAAUCUUUUUACAAAUUGCAGGAACUUCAGGUCUUACUUUAAGCUUGUUAUGUCUUGAACAAGAUGUUUAGCUGGACUUUUCAGGUAGAAAGGCAUGUAUCAAGCUUAAUCAGACAUUUGUACUGGAGUGAGCAAAGUGAAACAGUCUUCCAAGGUGUAUACGGUGAUAAUCAUACAUAGAUGAUUGCAUAGUUCUCACCUCAAAAUGUGGGUUGUAAAACUGUGUUUUGUUCUGUCUCCUUUUACUUGUAUAGUAAAGCUCUGGCUGAUUACUCCAAGGACUUUGUGGUCUCCGUUGUGCUUGGAAAGGAUUUGGUUCCCAGGUAAAAAAAAGGCUUUGAUCUACAUUUCAGCAGCCACUGUAACGAAACUGCAUUUUUGUAAACUGUUGCUUUUUUUAAGAAGGUUUUGAGUGAAAUAACCUGGGUAUAUUUGUGUAUCAGCACUGAUGAGAACUGUUUGAAGCUUUAUUUCUUCCUUUAUUAUCCAUGUUUUUUUUUGUAGUUAACAUAUUUUUACUCUCUCAUUAUUUUGAAAUUAACAUUGAGAUAGAGCCAGGGCAGAAAACAUUUACAAUAGAAGAUACCUGCUUGAGUAAAACAAUAUAUAACAACCUAUUCUAAGCUUGUAUUAAAAGUAAAAACGGACAUAAACACGGUAAAAUAGGGGAUUAAAUUAUAUUGCAUGAAACCUUACAGGUGUUUCCUCAGGUCUUCAGACUGUCAGAGUGGCUAAAACCGAUCUCGUCCUGAGGAGAUCCUCUGCCUCAUAACCUGUAAAAGCCUGAAAGAUAUCACGUUUGUAAUAGUUUUCACCUGUCAUGAGGCUGCACCUAUCCACGCAGUAAGAACACAGCAGCCUGUCUGCUGUAGAUUGUAGCUUUUAUUCCUCUGAUGUUUUUGUGGUUGAGUGUUUAGGGCCAUUUAGUUAUUCACAUAUGAACGCAGCUUUGAGACUCAGUUUAAGGAUGAGAAACUGGCAACAGUUUUAGAUGGACAGCAAUUUUAAACUGGGACAUUAGCAGUUGUGUUGACACAUUUUAUUUACAGAAUCUUAGGCCCUUGUGAUAACACAAAUUUUCCGUAUCGGUGCUGUUUGAUAAGACCACUGCACUGGUUCACUGGUUCAGAGUUGUUUAUUUCAAGGGAAAGUGGAUAGGAAAGGACUAAAGGGGUCAGUUUUUGGACUUCUCAAGCAUACCCAGCAUUUAAUCAAAACUGUGUUAUGUCUGUAUGUCAGUGCCAGUGACAUUCUUUUAGCAGUCUGGGUUAAUACUGUUCAGUGCAGAUCAUAAAGGGCAGUUUUAUGUGUGUAUUUUAGAUGUCCUGCUCAGUCUGAUCCUAGAAAGGCCAACAUGAAUGUGCUGCCCUAUUAUAGAUUCUAUAUUUGGCUCAGCCUCGUUAUUACAAGCACAGGGGAGGAGAGAAUGGGUCCAAAUGCUCCUCGUUUUCUCCUUCUGCUCCUUUUUUAGGCUAUAUUUUCUCUCUGCAGUACUCCCUUUUUAAUAACUCUGCCUUCACUGUUUGUGCAGGCUGAGCAUCCCCAAUAUGGAGGAUCUGAAGAGAAGGAUACUGAAAAUAGUUUCCAACUGCAAUAAGCCAAAGGUAAACUUAUUCACAGCUGGUAUACUUUGACACAUCUACAUUGUCUUUGAAAGCUUUAAUCUUUUUCUGUGCUGCAGUACCGCAUCCUGCUGCAAGGCUGCUGGUACGAGCUGUUUGGAGGAGACCCUGAUGACUUCCCCACUGAGAUGGACAACAGGAGGGAAGAGGAGCUGAGCCAGCCGCUGUUAGGAGAGGAGUCACUGAUUAUUCGUCAUUCAUCAUCCUAUCAGAGCCUGGCGUCCGACGACUCACCUGCACACACAGCUGCACAUUUACCUUUGUUCCUGCCUGGGCGCAUACUGCAUAUCACAGAAGAUGGGCCGUCACGGAGGUCAGUCUGGAGCUGGGUAGACAUGAAACUAGGCUGCAAAUCUGUGUGAUUUAGGGCUUCUGAGGCUGUAUGACCAUACUGAUCUUGAGAAUUCAGAGGCCUGUAGCUACAGACUUAAGUGAGUCAUUGCUUAUAAACAUAUAGUGGGAUCAACAUUUGUCUAGAAAAUAUCUCUGCUGCCAUCUUGGGGGUUUUGCAGACACAUAGAUAAUUGUGUCAUCUACAUAGAGUAUAGAAUGAUUUUUAACCUGACAAAGAAUUGGGGGAUUUCAUGGUCUCUUAAGCAUACUGUAAACCCUCAAGUAAAGACCAAGCUGCAACCUCAGAUCUUUCCAAAUCAAAUUGACGUAGAAGUGCUAAAAACUAUAGUUUUCCGAGUGUCCCCUGGAGGCUGUCUGCUGAAGCACCAGAAGCCACAUACACACUAAUUCAAAAACGCUCAUCAUUAGAUAAAAAAGAAACAUGUUAACAACAAGCCUGGUUCAAGACAGAAUUUUGUCUGAACAGACCAUUUUUCUCUGGAUAUGAGUGUUUUUUAAAUGUUUAUUUAUUACGCAUUACUUUAGAAGAUGAUAAGGCCAAAGUUUGGCUUAUUAGAGGUAUGACUGACUUGACUGGCAGGUGAGCACACUGAAACCUGCCUCAACUGAGUCUCUCUGCCCUCUGGUAGGUUGGGUCAGUAUUUCCACUUGGCUACUGAUAGGCUUCAAAAUUCUGCAUCAGAAAGAAAUGGAUGAUGUCACUGAGACUACAUCCAUACUUUAUACAGUUUGUGAUAAAGACCAGCAUUUAAUUUGUGAUCCAUCUCCUUAUUAUGGCUGGUAUCAUGUCUUUUUUAAGUGAAUACAGACAUGUUUCAAAGUAUUGGCAGAUGCUGUGUGAUCUUGAUGGAUAAGAUUUUGGUGUUUUUUGCAAUGAGGCUCAUUUGCAUUGAGGGAGGCCUAUUUUGCUCCAGAUGAAUGCAUAAUUUAUCAUUUAAAUGUAUGCAAACAAGACUGGCCUGCAGAGAUGCUCUUUGGUCUACAGUGCAGUUUAUGAAGUGUUUAACCCUCAGUUGCAUCCUUCUGCAUCGGCAGUCAUCAGGGGAUUUAUCUUGGAAUGGACCAAAAAGAGACCUUUAACUCAUUUUAUAUAAGAAGUUAGGUAUAUCACUAUUUUCCAUCUUUCUCCUUAGGUCCUGCUUUUCCCAGGUCCGGUAUCGUGCUGACUGGUCCAAUGAAAUGGCUUUCAGGAGCAUUUUGAUUAGUCCCAGGAUGCUUGCAGAUCACAUGCCUGACGCUGUGCUCCGAGCACUCAAAAGUCUGACCAGCGACCACCCCUUCCCUCUCUGCCCAUCGUCUUUAAGCAACAGCCAGCACAAUACGAUCUGAAAUGUACCAUCAGGACUAACCCUGUUUGUGCGUGCUCUAGACUGGAUUGUAAUGAAUGACAUGAGAUUAACAUGUGAUCUCCUUGAAUGCACAUGAUUUGCAAACAUGUUAGAGCACAAUUACUCUGUAUGAUUGCACUUUUUAAAAAGUUAAUUUAUAUGUUUCUUUUUAUAAACUCCUGAGUUCCUCCAUGAGCAACUUUACACCAUGAUCUAUGAAUGUUUAUUGUGUACAGUAUUUGACAGUGCUGCAGGUUUACUGUAAUGUGAUUGUGCAUCAUUUUCAUGUUUGUAUGAGCGCUGUUGAUUUGGGAGUGAUGCUGCUUCCACGUCACUGAGAAAGAAAAGCUGUCUUCCUUUCAGGUGAAAAGGACUGAGGGGUGGCCCGAUCCAAACUCUAAGGAUAUGAGAGCUUUAUGGUGGAUGAAAACAUUACGUUUAUAUUGUAUUGUAUAUUUGGUUUGUGUCUUGUGUUUCAGUGUCUCAUGAUAUCAGGAUGAUCAGUGCCUAUGCAGAAAAAAACAAGUGUACAGAGUUGCUUUAAAGAAGGACAGUGAUGAGUGCAGUGGGUUUGCAGCGAGUUUUAUUCUGCAUUUUACAGUACAGGUUAAUAUUGCAUGGUGAUAGAUAGUAAAGAUAGAACGAUUGUACAUGUACAUUUUGUGGAACCUGUUUACUUGCCAUUAUUAUUACUUAUUGUUUCAGGUAAUGUACAAAAGUCAAGUUUGAUCCAGCUGAUGCCUGCGUAAAUAUUUCACAUCCUUGGCAGAUUACAUUGGGCUUCCCAAUUAAAAGCUUUUGUGAAACAAACA